UUAUUUGUGUUCCAAUUUCUCUCACGCACCAGUGCGUGCGUUCGUCAAUGAAAGUCAUGGAAACGACGUUAGCGUUCUCAACCCUAUAAAUGACGCUGACCUUCUGAAUUCGUUCCCCUUUGCGACGGGACUUUUGAGAGAGACGCCUGAAGGAGCCUUUAAAGCCUCGGAAGGUUUGAGCUUGUCGAGAAGUCUGCUGUGCAAAAGUUAUUGAAGAAGCACUUGCUGAAAUACGCACUUGCUGAAGAAGCCCGUGGUUACCAAAGCUGCGAAAGACGGUUCCUGGCCAGGAGAAGGACCAGCAGGGUGAACAGCUGGAAGCCCAUACCAUGGAGCUUCCAGCGGAUGGAUCCCCGAUGUUGGAGGGACUUCCAGAUAAUGGUAAGGAAGACGGUAAGUUGUGGUUAAAUGGAGCCAACAUGGUUUCUGAAGACCAUGGAGAGGAGUUGAGGUAUAGUUCACCUCCGCAGUUUGAGGACUGUUCUACCAGCUCCACCGGUAGCUCUUCUUCUAGCUCCACUGGUAGCUCUUCUACCAGCUCCACUGGUAGCUCUUCUACCAACUCCAUUGGUAGCUCUUCUUCUAGCUCCACUGGUAGCUCUUCUACCAGCUCCACUGGUAGCUCUUCUACCAACUCCACUGGUAGCUCUUCUACCAGUUCCAUUGGUAGCUCUUCUACCAGCUCCAUUGGUAGCUCUUCUACCAGCUCCAUUGGUAGCUCUUCUACCAGCUCCACUGGUAGCUCUUCUUCCAGCUCCAGUGAAGAUGAGGUAGGUAAUGGAGACCAGGACUUUAGAUCCCGAUUUCGGGUUGUCCAGGUCCUUCAACCAAACAUUAAAUUCCUGUGGGGCAUCGGCGUGCUUGAACAGGCAUUGGAACGUCUGAAAUCGACGGUUGAUCAGCUGGGCUCCGGUGACAGUAGCCCAGUGGUCCUUGCCGAUGUUGCGUUGCAGCUGCCUGAGAUUCUUCCCCAUAAUUUCAAAUAUAUACAAGACAUUGGGGUGGCUCAGAAGCCUCAAGAAGACUUGGCUCCUUGUACUUCUCUUGAAUUUCCAUCUGGACUUGACAAACAGGAAGAGCCCAUUUUGCGUCCAGAGAAGUCCAGUCCUAUUGGUACCUUGCAACAUCCUCAGGUUGGUUUGGAAGAGGACAGGGCUUCUUUGACUUCCAGCCCCACUGAGAGAACAACGAAGAAGGUGAAGGCUGCGAAGGAUGACGACCCACCAUCACAACCUAGUCAUCAGGUAGGUUUGAAAGAGGACGCGGCUCAUGUGACAUCUGUGACUGGUAUAAACGGGAAGAGGUCAAGGAACAGUGAUGAUGAAGAGCAGCCCCCAGCCAAGAGGUCUAGGCAGACUGUUACUGAAUUGGAGCUUGCCAUCAAGUCUAUUGUCCAGUCCUUCCCCUCCCAAGAGAUGGAAUAUGAAGAUCCCGUUGUGUUACCACCUGUCCUCUGUUUCUCACCUUUGAUGUCGUGUGAGGAUCCUGGACUGUCAUCCCCUAUCCUCAGUCCCUCCUGUAAAAGUCCUGUUUUCUCAUCCCCCGUCCUCAGUCCCUCAACAUUGACUCACUGUGAAGAUCCCAUUUUGUCACCCAGUGUUUUCGGUCUCUUACCAUGGAUGCCAUGUGAGGAUCCCAUUCUGUCUCCCCUUGUCAGUCCAUCAUCAACACACUUUCCAGAUUCAAAUUGUUCCUCCCCUGACUUCCGUUUCGGGAUGGAUACUGAAGAGGAAGCAGAAGAGGAAGCAAUACCUUCAACCUCUAGUGGAAUUACAGCAAGAGAGAGUUCCAGACACGUGUGGUUUAGACCUCACUACGACUUGUCAAGUGACUCUAAUUAGAUUGGGAUCCGUUAAAACUGAAGACCUGUUUGGGAAGUCACUUUAGGACGUCAUCAUUCCUCUCAUGUUUUUUAUUAAAGUCAACGGGUUUCUAGUUAGCCUGAGGAAGCUUUAGGUAGCGUCUUGCACUGGGGCUUUUCUUCAUCUUUGUGUUUUCCUCUCAGCUC